GCCACCUCUCCUCCCUCCCCAGAUGUCCCUGGAUGCACAUCAAUGUACCUUCACACAGAGGGCUUCUCUGGGCCCUCCCCAGGUGAUGGGACAAUGGGCUACGGCUAUGAGAAGCCUCUCCGACCCUUCCCAGAUGAUGUCUGCGUCGUUCCGGAAAAAUUUGAAGGAGACAUCAAGCAGGAAGGGAUCAGCGCGUUCAGAGAGGGGCCGCCCUAUCAGCGCCGUGGCGCCUUGCAGCUGUGGCAGUUUCUGGUGGCCCUGCUGGAUGACCCCGCGAAUGCCCAUUUCAUUGCCUGGACCGGACGGGGAAUGGAGUUCAAACUGAUCGAGCCUGAGGAGGUGGCCAGGCUCUGGGGCAUCCAGAAGAAUCGGCCGGCCAUGAAUUAUGACAAGCUGAGCCGCUCACUCCGAUACUACUAUGAGAAAGGCAUCAUGCAGAAGGUGGCCGGCGAGCGUUACGUGUACAAGUUUGUGUGUGAGCCCGAGGCCCUCUUCUCCCUGGCUUUCCCGGACAACCAGCGCCCAGCUCUCAAGGCCGAGUUUGAGCGGCCAGUCAGUGAGGAGGACACCGUCCCCUUGUCCCACUUGGACGAGAGCCCCGCCUACCUCCCUGAGCUGACUGGCCCUGGACAGUCCUUUGGCCCCAAGGGUGGCUACUCUUACUAGCUGCCCGCUGCCACCACUGGAUCCUGUCCCGUGUACAUAGAGGUGAAUCUGGCGUUGGGGAAACCCUGACAGAAACCCACAGAUGUCUCGGGCAGAUUCCCACCGUCCACGGGCUACCCAUGGCCACAGGCACAGGAGGGAAUGAUGUGGAGAAAAGUCUCAAAAGCCCCCUGGGGGUUUUCACCUCUACCCCAAGGGAGGUCAGCUCCACCUCUCUAAGCCCCACCCCACUCCACCACAGAGGAGAGCUUACUCUGUUCUGGGGUCGACAAGUACCCCCCCAGUUUAUCCUGGCUAGGGCGGUGGUACACUGAGUUCCCCAGACCUGACACGGGGAGACCCUUGAACCCUGCCAUCAGUCCCCCUUCAAGCUGUGGCCCUGGAGGGUCCUAGUUGUCAAUUCUUGGUGCUGUCCAUAGAGGCAGGGGAGGCUGCAAAUAGGGACCUGGGAUGGUGGGGGACCGGGAGCUCGGGUCCUUACUCCAAGGAGGCACCUGCUUCCUCCUGGGCCCAGGCCUGGAGUCCCCCUCCACAGCUGCCAGGCCCUAAUAAAGGCCCCUGUUUCUCCUGUGAA